AAAAUAUCAACCAAUUAAUUUGGACUGAACAGGUUCUCUUUCAAAACAGCGGAAAAUUCGAAGUCUUCUUGCCGUCGCUCCAUGAUCAAGCAGCUGUGAUAUUUGAAAACAUCUCUUCCUGUUAGCAUCGGCACUGGGUCAAAUUUAUUGAGAAUCAUUACAAGAAACCGAAUAUACAUAAAUUCAUAAAAGGGAACAAACUUUGACACGCGACAACAAGGCUGUUAGUGAAACAGAACCCCAACUUCUACAACUGACCACGUUCUGAAGACCGCGAUUUUACAAUCAAGAUGCCAUCAAAUGAAAAUGCCAGCGCUCGUUUGAAGACAUACAAGAACAAAGGACGAGAUGUUGACGAAAUGAGAAGGAGAAGAAAUGAAGUGUCAGUUGAGUUAAGAAAAGCAAAGAAAGACGACCAGUUGCUGAAGAGAAGAAAUGUUGCAGUUGAUGAUGAACCGACCAGCCCACUUCAGGAUGCAAGUAAUAAGACUAAUGCAGUUAGCUUGACAUUGGUUGAAAUUGUCAACGGUAUAAAUGGAAAUGAACCACAACAACAGAUGCAGUGUACCCAGGCUGCUCGUAAACUCCUGUCCAAAGAGAGGAACCCACCAAUUGAUGACAUCAUCAGAACUGGGGUGAUUCCUAGAAUGGUGGAAUACCUUGCUCAUAGUGAUAGGCCAGAUCUACAGUUUGAGGCUGCCUGGGCACUGACAAAUAUCGCCUCGGGUACCAGUGACCAGACAAAGUCGGUUGUGAAGGCAGGUGCUGUGCCUCCAUUUGUGAAACUGCUGUCAUCUCCUCAUCACAAUGUAUGUGAGCAAGCUGUGUGGGCCCUUGGCAACAUUGCAGGUGAUGGUCCUGAUUUGAGGGAUUACGUGACAGAAUCUGGAAUCAUUGAGCCUCUACUUCGUCUGAUCAAACCUGAAACACCUGCCGGUUUCCUUAGGAACGUCACAUGGACAUUGUCCAACCUCUGCAGGAACAAGAACCCCCCUCCCAAGUUCAAGGUUGUGCGUCAAUUCCUGCCAACUCUGGCCAGACUUCUACAGCACAAUGACAGAGAGGUUCUGACCGACACGUGCUGGGCACUGUCCUAUCUUACUGAUGGUACCAACGAUAAGAUACAGGAAGUUGUAGACAGUGGUGUGGUUCCAAGACUAGUGGAGUUACUAGCAGGCUCUGAAGUAUCUGUGAUAACACCUGCACUCCGAGCCGUAGGCAACAUUGUGACGGGUGAUGAUUCUCAGACGCAAAAUGUGAUAGACCAGGGGGCACUGAAGGCAUUUAAGGGUCUCCUGACCCAUAAUAAGGUCAACAUCCAGAAGGAGGCAGCAUGGACGAUAUCCAACAUCACAGCUGGCAACACACAGCAGAUCCAGUGUGUUAUCAAUGAAGAACUCCUUCCCUACACACUAGAAAUAUUAAUCAAAGGUGACUACAAGAGCCAGAAGGAAGCUGUGUGGGCGAUCACCAAUCUGACAUCAGGAGGCACGGUGGAGCAGAUAGCAUAUUUAGUACAACUGGGGGCCAUCAAACCCCUGUGUGAACUUCUGACAGUCAAGGAAGCCAAGGUUAUCCUGGUCAUCCUUGAUGCCAUUGGCAACAUCCUGAUGGCUGCAGAGAAGAUUGGCCAACAGGAGGUAGUGUGUGUGAUGAUUGAGGAGUCGGGCGGCCUUGACAAAAUUGAGAAUCUCCAGAACCAUGAAAACGAGCAGGUCUACAAGGCAGCACUGGAACUCAUAGAAAAAUACUUUGCUGAUGAGGGAGAAGACCAGAGUGUUGCCCCAACAAGCACAGACGGCAAUGCUUACCAGUUCAAUGCUGCCACAGCCAUUCCACAGCAGGGAUUCUCGUUCUGACUUCUGUCCCUGGAGGGCACACCCAAGCUGGAGCAGCAGUACUGGGGACUGGAAGACAUCUUUAUUCCUGGACGGGGUGCAGCGAAGGCAGCAAACAUGACCCCCACGUGGGGUGGACAGAGAACAGCAAUCAUGUGAUAAUUCAUACGUACUACCUUACUUUACAGUUGUCUGCUCAUUCGUUGGCAGAUUAGAAGGAAGGUUGCAAUUUCAUGCAAUAGUGUCCCUCUGUGAUGUGCUAAUUGAUGAGACAUUUUUCCAUUUAUACAGAAUUUUAUCUCGUUGCUCAAUGUUGACCUCCUGACCUGUGCAGUUGGUGAAUUUUGAUUGCGACAACAAUUUGAUAUUGACAGCAUUAUGUUUACGAUAAUCAGAAGAUAUGACGAAUCUCUCAAGGGAUUGUCUGUAUAAUGUUGACGAGAAUUGAAACUAAAAAUAUUGUUAUGUGCUAUUACAAACUACAUGUAUUCGUCAAAAUGUGUUUACAAGACAUUCCUUCAGGAAAGUAAUGUAUGAACUUCAACACUGGUGAAAAACCGAAACUUGUUAAUAUUGUCUAAUAGAACACCUAAAUGUCCAGAUUGAUAGUUGUACAUAAACUUUCAUAGUGCUCAUUGUCAGCAUUUUGUAUAAACCUUGGAAGUAUUUUUACAAGUUGCAUAAUAUGUGCAUAAUCAAGUGCUCAUUAGGCAUUCAUUCUUUGUGUCGUGUAUAACAUUAUUAUACAAAUUUCUGUUCCAAUUAGUAAUAAUUACAAGGCCUUUAAUUUACAAGGUAGGAAAAUAUUAUCUUACAAAAUAAGAAAAUGCUUUGUAUUUAGGGAAACAGGUUUUUUCAGGGAAAGGCAUACUUAACAAUCAUUUCCGAAAAUUCUGCAAAACAAAUUCGGCUUCAGGGAAACAUACUCUAGAAAUUCUUACAGAAAUCUUCAGUGUUUUAGGUGAGAUUUAUUCAUAAAGUAGACAGUCAAGUUUAUUUUCCAGUAGCUGAUUACUGGAGAAUGUUGAUAUCUAACACGGAGACUAGAGACCAAAUAAUCAGGUUGAAUUGUAAUCAUAAAUAUCAUUGUUAUAAGACCACAUCAAAUUAAUUUGGUGUGGUCUUGCAUGUACAAUUUGUAAUGUAUGAUCAUUGUUUUUGAAAUUUUUAUUUUUGUGUCUUCCGAACUUUCUACUUCUGUCUCUCUUUCCUGUCUGAUGCUGUUUUGUCUUUUACUGUAUCAUGUUUACACAGCAGAUUUUUGUUUAUACAACAUUUUACACCAUGCUGGUACCUGUACACAGGUGAUUGGCUGUAGUGUUCUCAAAUAAACACUAUAACCUCUU